AUGGCAGAUUCUCUACACCGUUUAAAUUCUUCAUCUAGUGAUCCAAAUUUUAAAUUAUCAUGUGAUAUUCUUCUUUCCAAAGCUGUUCGUCAUGAUCAAUCAUCAAUUGAUUCAAUUCUUGCACAUGAUAAUCCUGAAGAACCUACUAUUGUUCUUCCUGAUGGUCAAAUAUAUUUCUGGUAUUUAGCUAUAGGCAGUAUGAAUAAUCCUGUUUCUCUUCAUUUACGAGAUCUUCAUCCAAUUAUUUCGUAUCCAGCAAGAUGUCUAAAGUAUCGUAUUGUAUUUCGAGCACCUGGUGGUAUGGCCGAUUUAGAACCAUUAGAAGAAGCUGAGUUCGAUGGAGUUGUUCAUUUACUUAAUGAAGAACAAAUGACACGUUUAGAUAAAAUGGAAAUGGUUUAUAAACGUAUUAGAGUUCCGGUAAUUGAUUAUCAAAAUAAAUCUCAUAUUGUCUAUGCAUAUAAAAUGGAUAUAACUCAAGCACCAGAAGGUCUUCCAACUGAACGUUAUCUUGAUAUAAUUGUAAAAGGAUGUGAACAUUAUGGUGUUCGCCCAGAUUAUGUCAAUCGAUUACGACAAGAACAACCAGUUAUACCUCGAAAACAACCACAUAUGUAUCAAUCAUUUCCUGAUUUACCAUCUGAUGUAUAUUAUACACCCGAGGAACUUGCACGACAUAAUGGAAAUGAUCCUGAACUUCCACUCUGGAUUUGUGUUAAUGGUAAAAUUCUAGAAUAUGCUGGAUUACCAUCCAGUGAAGAUCCUGAUUACGAAUCACAAAAACGUUUUUAUUCAUUUGUUCAAACACAAUUUGGUGGACGUGAAAUUGAUUAUGGUUUGUCUAAGGCUUUAUAUGAACCUUAUUAUAAGGUACCAUUGCAUGAAAAUGAUUUGAGUGAUGAGCAUCGAGCAAUGAUUGAAGAUCAUUAUUUUACAAUGCAGUUUAGAAAUAAUCAAAAAAAUUAUUGGAAACCAAUUGGACGACUUCGACGAUCAGAUAAUACUGCAAACUCAUCCUCAUGA